UCAACUGACUUCUUGAAUGCAGGUGUUCUUCGUAGAAUCAAUCUGUGAUGACCCAGAAAUUAUUGCAGAGAAUAUCAGGCAAGUAAAAUCCGGCAGCCCUGAUUAUGCAGACCGUGACAUAGAUGAAGCCAUGGAAGAUUUCACCCAGCGCAUCGACUGUUACAGGGCAAGCUACAUGCCUAUAGAUGAUGAGAAAGACAGGAAACUCUCCUACAUAAAGAUCUUCGAUGUGGGCAGUAGAUACCUUGUGAACCGGGUCCAGGACCACAUUCAGAGCAGAAUAGUCUACUACCUCAUGAACAUACACGUCACACCAAGAUCCAUCUACCUGAGCCGCCAUGGAGAGAGCGAACUCAACCUGUUAGGUCGGAUUGGUGGAGACACGGGCUUAUCCCCUAGAGGACAAAAGAAUGAGCCUGGGUUAGGGUCUGGGUCUUGUGGAAAAAUGUUUGAAAUUAUGUCUUUUGUCCAGUCCUAUGAAGAUCUAGUCCAUCGUCUAGAGCCAGUCAUCAUGGAGCUGGAGAGGCAGGAAAAUGUUUUGGUCAUUUGCCACCAAGCUGUGAUGCGCUGCCUGUUAGCCUAUUUCCUUGACAAACCUGCAGAUGAGCUGCCUUAUCUAAGAUGCCCUCUUCACACUGUGCUCAAACUCACACCGAUAGCCUACGGGUGUAAGGUUGAGUCAUUUUUCCUCAAUAUUGAAGCUGUCAACACACACAGAGAGAAGCCACUGGUGAGUUUACAUAACUGCACAUUUAUUGUAAUACUUAGCUUUGCCAAUAAUUCAGCUGUAGGCAGUAAAGUUGUAUCAUUUGUAUGUACUAAUUAA